CUUGACGAUGACACUUCAGAUGCACAAAAGCUUUUUGAAAGAGGUUGGCGAGCCAUCAAAGCCAUCGUCACAACCAGCACAGACGCCGACUGUGCCUAGAUCGGCCAGAUCGAGCCAACAAUAAGCUCAACAGAAUCGUCUCUCUCUCUCUCUCCUUCAUUCUCUCUUCUGUAUGAAGUAAUAUCUCCGCAAUGAACCGUGACGACAAGCAAUGGAUCUUGAAUCUACCCGGCAAUGAAUUCUGUUUUGAAUGUGGCGAAGCCAAUCCAAAUUGGGCGUCCGUGACCUAUGGGAUUCUGAUUUGUCUGCAGUGCAGUGGCCCUCAUCGUGGUUUGGGCGUGCACUUGUCCUUUGUGCAAUCGGUGGAUUUGGACACGAGCUGGAACGAGAAGAACAACUAUGUGGCUCUGAUGAAGGCAGGUGGCAAUGCGACACUGCAAGAGUUUUUUGAAAAGCGUGAUUUGGUGGCCAAAGAAGGCACCGUUCACACCAAUGGCAAACUGCAGAAGCGCUAUGAAGGCGCGGCUGCCGCAGAGUACCGACAAUGGCUCCAUCAAAAGGCCCAACGACACGAAUAUACGCAGCCAAUCCUUAACAAUAAGGCAAAGAAAAAGACACACAGUCCUCACAGCACUGCUACGCACAUCCUGCAACCAGAACCCGCCCAGCGCACUACGUCUCUGGAAAUGGAUCUGCAGGCCAUCAACACGCUCCUGGUCAACAUGACUCCGUCCAAUCAUCCAAGCAACAGCGACAACCCAAACAAUAGUAGCACGCACAGCGGCAGCAAUCACCGAAGCGGCAAUCCGCAGACAUCGUCUUCGUCUUCCUCGAGCGGCUGUCGCUCGGACGACGAUGAUGACGACGACAAGAGCGUCGCCACCAUUGAUUCCUACAUUGCACCGCGAUCCUCCCGUGCCCUCAAGAAUCAAUUUCAAGAGUACAAAAAUGCACGACACUCCUACCAGGAAUCUCAGGAGAAGAAGCGCAAAAAGGUCAAACGCUCUCUGUCGGUUCUCUCGAAACAAAAUCGACCGGGCGCUCUCACGUGGCAGGACAUUCAACCCACUGUGCUCAGUAUCGUCCUGGAGCUCAUGGGGCUGGAACCCUCUGGAAAUUGGAGGCAUUUGGCAUCCACCGUCUUCUUUGGUCUCACCGUCAUCUUUGUGGUGUUGGUGGUUCUGUCGGCUCAAAAGGAGGAGGAUCAUUUUGCGUACAUGAAAUGGUUUGCUGUCGCCAUUGUCUUGUUGGUGAUUCUUCCUGCGGCUGGACUCUACUAUCUCUCCAUUUGGCUCUCCAAACGAUUCAUUCAAAAUCGACAAGGCGCCAUGCCAUCGGCCAAAUUGCAGCUACUGCAACGCAUGCAAGCCAAACGCGUCGAUCAUCAACCCAAAUUCGAUAUCUACCUACCACCCACACCAGACGACGAUAGCGACGGCAAUCCACAAAAAGUACCCGGCUUUAUUUUCUUGCCGGGUGCAUUGGUACAGCACACGGCAUAUGCGCCUCUCGCCGCCAAAUUGGCCGAUUCGGGCAUUAUGGUGGCCGUCGUGUCGUUGGAACCACUCCGAUUCGGGACGCGCAACCACGGAGCCCGACCGCAGGAUAUAUUGCCCAUUUUCUAUCACGUCGCCGCGGCUCACGGCGAUGCCUUUUCCGUCACCGAGUGGGCGAUUGGUGGUCAUUCCGCCGGAGGAUCGGCCGCCUUUAAUCUCGUCAAGGAUCUCAAUCUGCCCAAGCUCAUUCUAUUGGCCGCAGGAACUCCCACUGAAAAGAAUGGCACGUUGCGUGACACCAACGUCAAGGUGCUUUCCAUUUCCGCCUCCAAUGACAAUCUCAUGAAUCAAUUCCUGACACCCGCCAAGGAGCGACAAUUCAAAACCAAAAUGGUACCCGACAAUACUCUCUACAAGGUCAUUCAGGGUGGCAACCAUGCCGGAUUUGGUCAUUACGGACCACCGACCUUUCCCAUCAAAGACGGGCUACGACUUAUUCCGUUGGAGCAACAACAAGACCAGACCGUUGAAUGGAUGGCUUCGUUCUUGCUCGGGGCGAGUCGUCAAACUACCGCGCGUCGAUUCCAGCGACGACUUGUCGGCAGAAGACGAAAUGGAUCGAUCGUGUCGAUCGACCGCGUCUCUCUCGUCGCUCUCCUCGUGGACGCAGAAUUACAACACUAUUAUGAAUGCCAACACGACCGAUACGACGACGACGCACAACAAACAAACAACAACCUGUUGUUGUUGGAAGAAAAAAAGAUGGAGAUCAAAUAAUGGUCAUACGACAACAGACAAUGAUUCUCUUGUUGAAGAAGAAGAACGGUAACGGAAAAUCGCGGACUCGGCAUCAUUUUACAACAAGCUUCCCUCCUCUUGCUUGCGUGCAUGCCACGCGUCUGUGGAAGACGUGAUGUGUGCUGUACACGCAAGCAAACAACAUCCGAAACGAUUCGAUGCUGCUUUUCGUCGUCCUCUUCCUUUGCAUCGUUCCAUUCCUAUGAAUUACUUUACAGCAUCGAAGGAUCCUUACGUGCCUGCUUGGAGCGGACAAUAGGGACUGCGAUAAAGCUUUUAGAAAAUCACUUAACCAGUAAACGAGAACGAACUUUGCCAGGUGUC